UACGCAAUGACGCUACGGUAUGACGAGGGAGGGGUGGACUGAUCAUCCACCUGUACCUGCUUCAACGGUUGAGUACGCUGUUCCAAUCCUUCUUUUUUGAUUCCAUGGUGGUUCACGCUACGUCCCCCAAACCUUUUUUUUCCCACCGCUGACUUGCCGCGCUUGUGUGUCAGAUUGCAAACAUUGUUCAACCAUACAGUUCUCGCCGACCUUUUCGCCUUGCCGUUCCCUCACCAUUUUCGACCUGGGAAUUGAGCUAACUGAAAACCAAUGUCAAAGUGUGCGCAGUUGCAAGUGACAUGGUCACGCAGGUAACCCUUGAGAGCGCAGGUUGGACCUAGCCUGCGUGCAUGAAGUCAGUCCGUUUCAGGAAAUUUAAACCUCCAAUGCUCCACAACGACAUGUUUCAGUGGAAGGAAUACCAAAGCACGGUGACCAACAUUCAUUUUCACUACAUCCUUGUGGGGGCUUUGGCCAAUGAGAUGGUUCGUUUGACCAAGUUCAAAGAUUUGAACAGCAUUACCUUUGUACACAAUCAGAUUCAAAGUCCCAAAGAGCUAGAGCCUUUCAGAAAACUGACACGCUUGAGAAAUGUGGCCAUCAAGGACAACCCACUUUGCAGUGGAAGGGCAAGUUUCAGGGUAAGUAUCCUUCGGUGGCUUCCUCAACUCCGCAAGAUUGAUGGCCACGACAUCGAGGAUUUCGAGCGAGUGGAAGCUAGCAACCUGCGAGCUUCCCUGCCUUCCCCAGCAGCCACAAGUAGAGAGAACACUGAGGAUGGAUCAUGCGAGGCAAUAGACAUGAUGAUGAAGCGAGCUUGCCAAGUGGAUCACCAAAUUUCCAUGGCCCACUUGCAUUUCGACGAUGUGGUCCGAGAUGCUAUUCGUGAAGUUUGGCUUGACCUCCACUCCGAGAGAGUUGGAGUCACAGCCACGACAGGAGCUGGGUCACGCAUGACAAACUUGACAGCCGCGGCGCCUGCAUUCUGUGACCAUGGCCCUGUGCUUGAUGACUAGCUGCUAGCUCAUCUCAAUGCCUUGUGGAUACAACUUGGCGGAAGACGCAGCGCAUCCCAAGAUGAAUUGCGACUGAGAAUUUUAGUAUGUUGAUGGCCGUGUGCCAUUGAUUGCCCUUUGUUGUGGUCAGCAGUCUGAACACAAGCCAACUCGGCGACGCGAUAGCAGCAUGCGUUAUUGACCGUUAUUAUAUACAUGCUACACUGGUGCGAAGUUUCAGAUGUGGUUCGUCACGGAUUUGGCGGUAGUUCGCCAAAGUUUCAACAGUGACGGUAUCAUUGCGAGUGCUCGAUGCACAAACCUUGAGUAGAUUGUACAGCUAUCCACGCUUGCACGCUGCAAGUCUCAAAUAUAUCAAAGAACAGUUGCCAGAUGGACACUAGUACUGCAUGUGUUCAAGUGUUGCAUCGUUUUUU